UAAUAAUUUUAUUAUAUUUUAUUAUUAGUAGUUGAAAGUAUUCAAUAUUUUGUAAAAUGUAUUUAACGAUUAAUUGUAUCAAUUUUAUCGGUUCUUUCUAUACAUGGUAUCUCUUUAUUGAAUUAUUAAUUAAUGCGUAGCGUCUAUUAAGUUAGUAAAAUCGAUAUUACAAGAAUUGCAUCAAACAAUUACACUAAGUUGAAAAUUAAAUGAUCUUUCGAGAGUCAUCGAUACUGGAUCGUGUAUCAGAUUUAAUUAGCGACUAAAUUCGAGCGGAAAGGUCUACACAGAAGCUUCAUCUGAUUCGAGUGUAUACCGUACCAAAAGAAUCCCUCUACGUAUAGUUUUGCAUGCUUUCAGAAGAGAGAGCCUAGGUGACACAGUUGCCAGGACGACAAUCAAAUCACAACAAAACAUUUUUCCAGUUGUUCCCAAGUUUUGAGUAAAAACUAAAGGAAAAGGAGAUAAAGUUUGGUACAUAAUGAGAGAAAAUACUAAGUUCAUUGUAUUUGAGGUGAACAAGCUGCUGGGACGUAGUUACAGUGUCAUUUAUUUCAAUUCCUUAAGCUCAGAGGAAUUGGUUCAAGUGUUGAAAGAAGUGUUGAUUAAAAUACAGGAUCAGAAUGUCGAUGCUAGUGAUACAAAAAAUGAAACUACUGAAGAGAUCUCCAUCUAUAUCCUGUCUAUUCUUCGUAUUCUUCAUUAUCAGCCUCAAACAGACCCUGUGACUUUUAGGCAGGGCUUGAUUCGCGGAGAUCCUGAUACCAUACACCCCAUCCUGACCUGGCUUCUGUCUCAUGUAAACAUAGUUCGAAAGAGAGCUUACUUAUCACGUUUCCUAGUGAAGUUAGAGGUUCCUGAUGAGUAUUUAGGCGAUCCAGAAGUCUCCGCUUUGUACGAGCAAUACACAAGUUUGAUCGAUAGAUUCAAAGCAGCGCACAAGGAAAGGGAGAUUGGGAGGAAGAAUUUUGAAAAUGCUAGCGAGCUCACUGCUGAUUUAAAAACGAUGGAGAAGGAGAAAGAAGCGGUAACUAUACGUAUAGAGAAGAUGAGAACGAAAGCUGAAAGCGGAAUACACUUGUUGAAUGCUGCUCGAGCCUUGCGAGUAGAGAAAGAUAAGGAACGCGAUUUUGCGUUGCAGGAGGAGCAAGAAAAAGAAAUAAUAUCCAGAUUACAAACUAACUUACAAAGAUUGGAAAGAGAAUUACAAAUUUUGAAGAAAGAUGAGAAUGAAAUUACUGUUCAGUCAUUAUUACAACAUUUAUCUGAGGUGAUUACUGUUCAAACUAUAGUCACAGAUGAAAAGCUACCUGCGGAAAUACACACGAGAAAAGAUCACAUAAAAGCUUUGAACGCAGUGAAACAGUAUUUGUAUUUGGGUCCGGAUCAAAUAACGGCUUUACGAAAUAAAUUGGAUAGUAUAGGCAAAGAUAUUCAGAAUUUGAUAGAGUUUAAGAUCUCGAAAAGCAAUAUUGAUAAGAUUGAACCAUUUCGACAACAAGCAGCCGCAGUUGCAAAUAUAAAAAGAAACAUCCUUGAAAAAUUAGAGAGGACGAUGAGUUCUUUACAAGAGCUGCAAGUAAAAUUGGAAGAGAAGCAUGAGCUGUCAAAAAUGGUGGUAGAAGAUGUUAUUCCCAAAGGGGAGGAGUUAAAAAAGUAUAUAAAUCGUUUAAAAACUAGAGGAACACUUUAUAAACAUUGUAAGUCCGAAUUGACAUGGCUUAAUGCAGAAAACAGUGUUUUGCAUCGAACAGCCGCCAUCCUAGAAAAUCAGUAUAAUCAAUGCAAUCAGGCGAGAGAGAGACUGGAAACUGUAAAAAAAAAUAUUCCAGUCAAUUUCACGGAGGAAAAUGCAUCAUCAAUGAAUCUUCAAUUGGGUCGGGAUGUAUCUGCUUUUAGAGUGAAAUUGGUCCCAUUAAUAAAUGAGGUGCAGAGUUUGAGACAAAAGUGUCGAGAAUUCGAACAACAGCAGGAAAAAGCGAAGAAAGCUCACAACGAAAUAGAAUCAAGCAUGAGUAGCUCGAUUAAUAAUUUACAAUCUGAAGUGCAGAGUAGAAAAAACAAAAUAGCGAAGGAUAUUGAAGAGAAGGACAAACUGCAGAAUCUAAUAACUAAAAUGAAGACUAUGGAAGAAAGAAUAAAACGAGACAUAGAGGACCCAACAGUUUCUGAUCCUGGUAAAAAGAUAAAAGAGGAACUAAACUCUGCCAUCCAGGCGGAAGAAACAAAGUUAACAAAUUUAACGAUGGAAAAAGAACGUUUAAAGGAAACCACCGUGGUAAACGAAAAACAAACGCAGAUGUGGAGUGAUAUAUUAUCAGUGUUUAAAUGUAAAAUAAAAUGUGCCGAGGAAAGUAAACAAUCGAAUGGAAUCGUCGUACGACGAGGAGGAGCAGAAACGUUGGUUUUACAGUAAUAUAUUCACGAAAAGAUAUUCAGUGAAACUGUCGGCAUUGGAUAUACGUAUAUCGAAUUAACAAAACUUUAAUCACGUAAAAAGUACAAUUUAAAUUUACAGAUUUCCGUGAUCGAUUCGGUAAUUUAAAAAUUAGAUUGAAACAGUUACAUAUAUUCAAAGUAGAAUUGAAAGAUAUAUAACACUAUAUAACUUUCAUUUAGUAACAUUUUUUAACGUUAAAUUCAUAAAAACUAACAAUUGAUUAAUUUGAAAAAAGUAUACGCUAAAGUAUUUAAUAUCACACUUCUACGAAUAUCUUGUUUCUGAA